GAAUAGGAUAUUGGGUUGUGUCAGGGAUUCACACUUCCAUAUAAUUUUGGCUUUGACUCACAUUUGGUGCGAAAAUGACAUUUUCCACCCUGAUAUGAUAUCAGUGUCAGAUUAGCCGGUCGUCGUGGCAACACUGUAUGACCUGCAUUGACGUCAUCUUCACACAACAUGGUUAUAUUUAUAUGUGCAGCGCCUACUGUGGCACCUUGGUGUUGAUGAGGUAAUAAAAUAAUAAAAUAAAUGGCAUUUGAAAUAAUAACAAUAUAAAUAAAUAAUAAUACACUUGAUAAUACAUAAUAAUAGUACAUAACAUAACAAUAGUACGCAAUAAUAAUAAUACUAUGUUUGAUUUAAGGUGAUUUUUUUGUUGUUGAGUGGCUGGAAAGAAAGAAGAAGAAGAAGAAUGUAGUGAAAGACUCUAAGAAGUCGUGUUCCAGAUAUUUUCCAUACACUCCCGAUGAAAAUUUGGAAACCAGUUGAAAAAUUGCAAGAAUUUACAUUUUGCACUGUUGGAUCUUAAGAAGGUUCUAAGCAGAGCUUCAAAAUAAUUUCGAUUUCUUCAAAAAACAAGAAAUGGGAGUGAGGCAGUUUUUUUUUUUGUUUUGGACUAAGCAAUUUAUUACAAAAAUCAAAGUGAAAUAGGCUGUUCAUCAGCUGAUCAAAAGUUGAAGACCAUAGCUAAAAAAAACAACGCCCCCCCCUCCCAAAAAAAAGAAAUAAAAUGUUCAAAAAAGGCUCAGCGAUGAGUAGCUGCGCCUUUCUUGUUUAUCACCUGAAAAAUUGGUUUGGGCAUGCUUGAUGCCAGUGUUUCCUGGAGGCUAGUGGGAAUGUUGCUUCAGGUGGUGAAGAUGGCUUCCUGGAGGGCAUCCGAUGUCUGGAACUCAUGUUCAUUUUUGUUAACUUCCCUUACCAUCCAUCCCCAAAUGUUCUCAGUUGGAUUUAGAUCAGGGGAACAUGCAGGAUGGUCCAAAAGAGUGAGGUUAUUCCUCUGGAAGAAGUCCUUUGUCAGGCGGGUAUUGUGAACUGCAACGCUGUCCUGUUGAAAAAGCCAGUCAUUACCACACAGACGAGGGACUUCAGUCAUGAGGGAUGCCCCGUGCAACAUCUUCACAUGGCCAUCUGCCGUUUGACGCCCCUGCACAACCUGAAGCUCCAUUGUUGUGUUGACAGAAAAAGCAUCCCAUAUCAUGAUGGCGCCCCCUCCCCUGUACCAUGUGGAAAACAUCUCAGAGAAUAAAACUUUCUUCCACCUUUCAAUUUCCCAUGUUUGGUUCUCUCCUGAAAAUUCCUAACAGGCAGUUUUGUGCCGUUGAAGGAGACGAGGCCUUUGAAGAUGUUUGGUGUUCUGAAAAGCCUUCUCUCCCAGAUGCCGUCUGAUGGUUAUUGGACUGCACUAUGCACCAAUAAUAACCUUAAUUUCGGUCGAGGAUGGUCCCGUGUCUUGACAGACAGCUAGGCAGAUCCUCCGGCUCAGGGUCGGUGACAUUUUUUUGGGUCCAGCACUUGACUUUUUUGUUUCAUAACCUUCAGGAUCUUUGAAGAAGUUUCAAAUGACUGUCUUACUGCGUCCAACCUCUACUGCGGCCUUGCUUAUGCAGCUCAACAAUCUGACCGCGUUCAAAGAGUGAAAGCUUUUUUGCCUUUGCCAUCAAGAGAUCCUGACAGUGUGAAUACCUGACAGAAAAUGACAUUGAAUAAACCGAUGAACAGCCUAUUUCACUUGAAUUCUAGUUUGCAAUAAAUCGCGUACUCACAUUUUGUUUUGUCUCACUCCCAUUUCUUCUUUUUGCAUUUUGAAGCUUGACUUAGAGCCCCUUAAAAUUCAGCAGUGCAAAAUGAUUGCUAUUUUUCAACUGGCCUUAACAUUUUGAUCUCGAGGAAACAUUUGAUGGAAUUUGAACCCCUGCUGAUUUAGUAAAUUUACCUCUUUACAAACUUAAGACAGAAAUACAGAAAAAAAUGACAUUCAAAAAAGUUCUACAUUAAUUUUUUAUAAUACAUUUAUUAUUUGUUUGAGGGAAAUAAGGAUUUGAUCCCAAUGCAAAGCCAUUGGGGUCAAGCACAGGGGUCAGGUGAAAGAAGGUGAAAUUAGAAGGGUCGCGGGGGUGUGCUGGAGCCUAUACCAGCUGACUUCAGGCAACAGGCGGGGUACACCCUGGACUCAUAUAGACAAACAACCAUUCACACCUAUGGACAAUUUAGAGUCUCCAAUGAACCUAACAUGCAUGUUUUUGGAAUGUGGGAGGAAACCAGAGUACCCGGAGAAAACCCACGCACGCACGGGGAGAACAUGCAAACUCCACACAGAAAUGCCCCAAGGGAGAAUCGAACCCAGGUCUUCCCGAUCUCCAGACUGUGACUGUGUGGCCAACAUGCUAACCACUAGACCACCGUGCGGUGCAGUUACUCAUUACUUUCCCCCAAAAUAAUUGAAUUACCAAUGGAAUUACCCUGGAAUUACCAGGGAAAUGUUUGCCUGAGAGUGAGCAACCACAACUCUCGUUGACUAGCAACUUAGCUUCCUUUGUAGUCGUAGUGAACAUUGGCGACUGCAACCCCAUUCAGGUUGUUGAUAUAGAUGUCAGCGCUACAUGUCACUGUCGGCCACAUUUGAAAGAGUAAUUCAUUACAUUGCCUAUUACUGGAAACAAUAAUGGCAUGAGCAAUGCCCUUGUGUUUCAUGUUGAAUGUCUUAACACACUUAUUUGUCAUCCAGCACGUCCUUGCUGUGAUGCAGUGUGUAGCAUACAUAAUAUAUAUUCAAAUGAUAACGAUGUCCUGAGGGACACCAAGAAAAGGCACAAAAAAAGAAGAAGAAGAAAAGGGUUGCGGCAGUGAAGAUGAGAGGCUGACUCAAUCCUGCAGCUGCUCUUCUUCACCUGGAAACACUCUGACAUAAAAAGUAUCAUUGAUAGCUUUAGGGUAGUUUGUUCUUUAAGCAUUGACACUUUUACAGUCUGGAUGCUGGGAAAAGGCAGUGGACUAGAUUAGCUAAAUUGCAGCAUGAGGGACACAAAAGUGGCAGCUUUAACAAAUUGUUCUCUUCAUGAUGACACAGAUUGAGUGAGCACUGUUCUGUGUGUGUGUGUGUGUGUGUGUGUGUAUGUGUGUGUGAGAGAGAGAGACAAACGCCUUGUCCAGCCACUCGACUUUCGGUCCUCGCUGUCUAAUUCUGUCUGGGUCGUAUGGCGGCAAGCGGGAUUGGUUUUGGACGACCGUGGGUGUGAUGCACCAUAUGCUUUGCCUUGGAAAGGUGAGACGAGUUGACGGUGUGAAAACUUUUGGGGAAGAAGGUUAUGAGAGUGAGUCAUAACACCAUCUGAUCUGAUCUGGCUGACUGAGGCAGGCUAAUGAGGAUGUGAGUGUGUGUGUGUGUGUGUGUGUGUGUGUGUGUGUGUGUGUGUGUGUGUGUGUUCUGGUAUUUCUGUACUUGUGGAAGAAGACUGGCAGGGCCUUCCAGUAAUCUCACUAAAGUGAGUACAACCCUCACAUUUCAGCAAGCACGUUUAUUCCAAUAUAUUUUAUCAAGGGACAAUACUGUAUAAAUGCAUAUACUCCAGAGUAGUCAGUGUACAGCUUGAUAGCAGUAUCGAUUUACUAGCCACUGAUAAUGAGUCAACACACAGCCAUGGUGUCUAAAUAGCUGGCAACACAAGUGUGUAGCAAGAUGAUUGUGUCUUGUCUACAGUCUAGCACGGUGGUAGUGGUGUGCACGAGUGCUGCCAGCGCUGGGAAGCUACGGUUCAUUGAGGAGAAAGAUGAAUUCCAACAUGUGCUGUGACAUUAUGAAGCAGAAACUGGGCCACAUGGUAGUUUUGGUCAACCGAAAGUUGUGUAAAAUCCUGGUGGAUGUGGAAGAGGAUACAAAAUGGUCACCUCUGAUCGAUUCCAUGCCCAAGAGGGUUAAGGCAGUGCUGAAUAGUGGUCACACUAAAUGCAGCCCCCAACCUUGAUGCGACCAUCACAUGCCAGCUUUUUAGACAAUAAUGGCUGUGUGCUGACUCUCAAUCAGUACUGCUAAACAAGCUGUACAUUGACUACUCUAAAGUAUAUCCACUUUACUUUCUGUAGUGUUGCCCUUUGACAAGAUGGAAUCAAAUGUUUGCUGAAAUGUUUUUAUACUCACCUUUUAUUGUGUGGACAUUUUGGCAGUAAAAUGCAGGGAUGAGGUCUUUUCUGGUGUGUGUGAGACAACAGCAGACGGAGAAAGACAUGCGUGUGUUACCAUGGCAACAUGUAUCCACAGGGCACACAUAUAUGGCCGUGUCCAGUGUGGGUCCAUAUUAGUCAAUCACUUCCUGAUACAAAUCGGCCGGCGGUGAAGCACAGUGACGCGUUCCUCGCUUAGAACCCUGAGUCAGACCAUGCCGCUGCACCUCCUCUGGCACAGCUUGCGCCAGUCACCUUCAUCAUCACCAUCAUCAUCAUGUUCCGGGAUUGUUGUCGACUGCUUUGUCUCAGCAAAGGUUGUUAGCAACAUAACAAAUAAUUAAUAGAGUCGCUGUUUGACCCAGCUGUGUUUUUUUUAUUAUUAGUUCUCGUGAAACCUCUGUUUUGUCUCAGAGGAGUUUGUUUUUUAUUCCACACAUUUCACCCCCCGCCCCAUCCCCACCUCUCAGUACAGCUUGUCCCAGAUUGAUGCGAAGAGUCAACAACAACAGCAGUGAGCCACAUAGCUCCUAUAAGAGCUCUAAUGAGUAACAACAACAACCUGGAGCACGAGACGUCACAAAGAAAUGACUACACAAUGUAAUCAUGAUGUCAUUAUAGACGGGCAAAACAUAUUGCUGUCAGAAGAUGUUUAUAUAACAUGUAUAAUGCUAUGCAGCCUUGUCACUAUCAGGGAAUGGUCUUUAGAAGACAUUAUGUAAAAAAGACAUGACUCACUCUUUCUGUGUCAACUUUGACACAGUGGUCAGCCUUUGUUGUUUUGCUGUUUUUUACCGUCUGCCAGUGGAAUAGCAUCCUUUUUCAAAAUGCGUUUAUACCAUACUUUCAGGCCAAAUACUUCUUGUAAAGGCGUUCCUUCGAGGCAGUCGUCAAUGAAACGAUCAUUUGCCAAGGUCAAAACUCGAGGUGGGCGUCCAUCUGUCUCUCGUUCUCUGCACUUGCUUCGUCCAUUGUUGUUUUAAACCUUUGUCUUUUGGGAAAUAAAACUAAUUUACAGUAUCAGUCGGGUACUGUGAACAUCCAGCAGCACCACGACAUUUUGGCAUGACUACUAUUUUGAUGAAAAAUAUACUGAACCAAGUCGACGACCUACCUCAGAGAAGCGUUUGUUUACCGUUCUUUAGCUGAGCGGUAUUACCCUCAUUACGUCACAUCCGGAAAUGCCGCUGAGCAGUUAGAACUAGUUUGUCAUGACUGGUGGCAUGACCUACAAAUGUCAUUUUUGCAAAUUUAUCGCCUGCUUUCAAGAAAUGGAACAACGUAAAACAUAAUUACAAACAAUAUAUAAUAUACUUAAGCAAAGUUGAUGAAUCAAGUCAUGGACCCUUUAAAAACACAGGACUCACGCGUUGUAUUAAAAGCAGGACAAGACGUGCGUCAUAUUGUAUGUAUGUAUUGUAUUGUACUUUAUUAAUCCCACAGCAGGGAAAUUCACUUGUUACAGCAGCAAGCAAGAUACGCAAGUAAAGAAUACAUAGUGACACAUGGUUCAGGUGGCGCAGGUGUUGUAGAGCCUGACAGCGGUCAGUAUGAAGGACCUGCGGAACCUCUCCUUCUUACACCGUGGGUGUAACAGUCUGCUAAGGAGCUGCUAAGGGAACGCACAGUGUCAUGUAGGGGGUGAGAGGUGUUGUCCAUGAUGGAUGUCAGCUUAGCCAACAUCCUUCUCUCCCCCACUUCCUCCACGGAGUCCAGAUAUUGUACACUAACCAGAGAAUGCACGCAAACCGAGGCAAAAUUGCGGCGUCAAUUUUUGACCUACAUCAAAAAGCACGCUAACUGGGGCAGACGCUAACUGAGGUUCGUCUGUAUAAUGAAUGUUUUAUUUUUAUUAUUGGUAUUUUCUGGGGAAGGGGGGCUUAGUCAAAAGUGAGCAUUCUUUGUAAAGCCGUAGCUGUCAUUAGAUGGUGAUGUAAAGUGUGUUAUGAUGUAAUGUCACUGGGGCAAACUCGGCGUAACACUUCCUGUCUUCGGUCAUCAAGUUCGGCCAUCAAAAUAAAAGCAGGGCCCAGUACCACAUCCCAGUGAGCCAGUUUUGUUAUGAAACUGUUUUGAAAACUUAGCAUUUUUGUUGCAGAAACUUUUUUUUAGGUUGGAUUUUGAGCAUGUUGUUGGUAUGUAAAGCUUUUGUUAAGUUUUUUGAACGUUGCGUGGUGGUUACAUGGUUGGUUCCCUCGAUGUUCCUCAAUGGAACGGUUAAAGAAAACUGUCUCAGAGCAGUCCUUUCUCAUUCGAAAAAGAAAAACUCAACUCUUGUUCUUCUGUUCCCACAUAUGCCGACAGCCAGUCCACCUUAUAAGACCUUUUUUUUUUACUUUAGCUUGGUGAGUGGAUGUGGCAGUUCCCGUUCGUUUCGCCAUAAUACGGGUUCAGCAAGCAGCUGUUAACUCUGCUGCACCAUUAGCUCGGAGCUAACCUGCAAAACAGACAUGUACUAAGUAACGCGCUGUUAAUGAAUGGAUUGGAUUAAUGGAUGGAUUAACUUUGACAGUCCUAAUAAUGAAUGAUAAUUAAUAAUAAUUAAUAAUGGGUGUACUAGUACGCCUGGGUAUACUUACGAUAAAAAAACACAUAUAUUGGAAGUUUAGCCCUUUACAAAUAUACUCUAUAAAAGAAAAAUAAUCUAGAAAAACAAAAUUAAAUAAAGUUUAUGGAUGACUUUGUAUUUUUAAGAACACCUCUUUAUACAAAAGAGGACACAAUUCAUAGUUAUUUUAUGUGUACGGAACUUUAUUCAUAAUUUUACAUGUAUUUUUAUUUCUAAAUGUUUCAAACAGUAGUGACAACAGUCCUUUUUUUCUACCAAAAAUGCUCAGCUGAAAAAGGUUGAGAACCACUGUUGUAGAUGAUGGAUCCAGUAUCGCAUACACACAUACAAACCCACCCCUCCCUUUUGUCUCCCGUUCCCCCCUCCGGCCCAGCGCGCGCGUCACCGCGUGCGCAAGCCUCGCUCCCGCCUCUGCGCGUCAGUGUAGUACAGCUCAGCCCUUGUCUUCCCAUUCAACACUUUAGCAGACGAGGAGCUGCUCUUCUUCCUCAGCGCUGCUUUUGGACCCACACUGUGCUCUUCAUCAUGCUGGGGGAGGAAGUGAACGGGACGCCCGCCAGUCAGAUGUCCACGCCACAUACGGCUAAAUCUCCCAGCCCCUCCCCGACCAGCCCGGGCAGCCUCAGCCAACGGCGGGGCUCGCAGGGCUCGUCCUCCUCGUUGUCUUCCGAUCAAGUGUCCAGCCCGGCCGAUAGCGGGAGUGACAGACCAGCGACUGACGAGGAAGUUGUCGUGGACGAGGUCCCGGCGGUCCCAUCCUACAUUUCGGAGCGCUACAAGGUGGGACGCAUGUUGGGCGACGGGAACUUUGCCGUGGUCCACGAGUGCGUGGAGCACUCUACAGGACGCCAUUAUGCUCUGAAGAUCAUCAACAAGGGCAAGUGCAGAGGCAAGGAACACAUGAUCCAGAAUGAGGUGGCCAUCCUGCGGCGAGUCAAGCAUCCUAACAUCGUGCUGCUCAUCGAAGAGGUGGAUACCUACAGCGAGCUCUACCUGGUCAUGGAGCUAGUCAAGGGGGGAGACCUUUUCGACGCCAUCACUUCAGCCACCAGGUACACAGAGAAGGACGCCAGUGGGAUGCUGUACAACCUGACCAACGCCAUCAAAUACCUCCACAGCCUCAACAUCGUGCACAGAGACAUCAAGCCGGAAAACCUGCUGGUGUAUGAGCAUGCAGACGGCAGCAAAAGCCUCAAACUAGGAGAUUUUGGUUUGGCCACCGUGGUGGACGGACCCCUUUACACUGUCUGCGGGACGCCGACAUAUGUAGCACCUGAAAUCAUUGCAGAGACAGGGUAUGGCCUCAAAGUGGACAUCUGGGCAGCUGGCGUCAUCACCUACAUCCUCCUGUGUGGUUUCCCACCUUUCCGAGGGAGCAGCGAGGACCAGGAAGUGCUGUUUGAUCAGAUCCUAAUGGGACAGCUGGAAUUUCCUUUGCCGUACUGGGACAAUGUGUCGGAAACAGCUAAGGAGCUCAUCCGAUCCAUGCUGGAGGUGGAGGUGGAUCAGAGGUACACGGCUCUCCAAGUGCUGGAGCAUCAAUGGGUCACGGAUGAAGGUCUUUCUGAAAACGAACACCAGCUGUCAGUAGCAGGAAAGAUAAAGAAGCACUUCAACACUGGGCCGAAGGUCAGCGACAGCACAGAUAAUGUGGCAGUCAUUGCUCUGGACGGAAGCUUUUCUAUGCAGAGAUCUGGGUCGUUGGACUUCCACCAGCACCCAGCCAUGUACUGGAUAAGGCCCCCCCUCUUGAUAAGGAGAGGACGCUUCUCCGAUGAGGACGCCACCCGAAUGUGAUGCCUUUGCAAAGACGUUGUCUGCCCUCCAGGCUCCGCCUUCUGGCUGCCUAGCCUUGGCCCCUCCAUUUGUGACCCCUGACCUUUACCCCCCCACCCCUCCUUAGCGUCAAUCUCCCAUGUGACUCUGACAACAUCUCCAUCAGCUCUGCCAGCACCACCUGCUUCCCUUUUCAAGAGAGGAGGAAGUGGGAAUUCCUUCAUCCAGCUCCGGCAGGAUGAGGAUGAUGAGGUCAGUGUCCUAUCAGAGGCUUGCGGAGGGAAGACUAUGAAGCAAAAAAAAAAAACUGAAUGCAAGAGAGCUUUCCAGGAGGAUGGAGUGCGGUAAAGGACUUUUUAUUUAUCCCAGUUGUCUCAUCUGAGCUCAAGGAGCGUGAAAUGGCAGCGAGCAUCCAUCUUUGCCCUUCUGUGAUGAUCCGAGCUCCACAAGGAAGACUGAUGAUGGAACAUACUCGGCAAUAUGGACCAAUGAACUUCAUCUUCUUUUUUUAUAUAUAUACAGUAUAUAUAUUAUGUAUUUCCCUUUUUCCACAGAGAUAUGUUGUUGUCCUGGUGGGAAGGAAGCUUGACGUAGAGCAGGGCCAGUGUAGACUUUUACCAGAAUAAAUGUGACUUAGGCGCUUUUUUUUUUUUACAGAAAAUGUGGAUAUGUUAAAACAAAGACUCUAGUAUUGGUGUUGCCUUCCUGUAAUGUUGGAUUGCAGCCGACAUGAUGAUAGUGGUGCAUUCGGUUACCCUCGUAUGUUUCACUCCUGUGCCACCCUGGUGUGUAGCAAGCAUUUGAACAACAAUGCAAACACAAUCAGACUGUGUUGGUAUCAUCAUUUCAUUCUAAUCAAGCCUCAUUUACAUGAUUUCACCCCCGGCGGCAGACAAGCCUCGCAGAUGUCAACGUGUGCAGUCCGACAAGUUUGGAUUCUGCAGAACCAGCAGCACUAAAGUGGAUUUAUUUGUUACCAGAAACCUCAUUCAUGGCUUCAUUUAUUCAGAUGAAAACAUGACAGACACACAGUAGCUUCUUCUUCUUGUUAGUUCUUGACGAGAGGCAGCAGAGACAAGUCAUUUAUUGGAGAUCAUCAGCUUCAAAUGACAAAGACCCAUUCCUCUGUCACUCAGUGUGUUUGGGGCUGAUGAUCUCACUGUUUGUGAGUUUUUGCGAGGUGUCAAUGAUAAGGCUCAUGAUUGAUAUGAAUCAGUUCAUAUGAAUUUGUCGAAACAGGACCUCCAGAGAUCUACCGAAGUGCUCUCACAGCUGCACUACACUAUUAUGUCCGUUGCAAUACCAAUAUAUGUACCUCUCCACCAGUGGUCUACUAAUAAUAACAUAACAAUAAUUAAAAUUGUUCCAAAACAAA